UGAACAGGGCUUCAGGUUGUCCCAAACCAGAUGUGAUCUUCCCAUUGGAACAAGGAGAAUCAUCAUGUAUGUCAGAGAGAAAAGAUUCCAGUGAUACCUGUCCAGGGCUUCAGGUGUCCAAACCAGAUGUGAUCGUCCAGUUGGAACAAGGAGAUUCACCAUCUAUGUCAGAGAGAAAAGAUUCCAGUGAUACCUGUCCAGGACUUCAGGUGUCCAAACCAGAUGUGAUCGUCCAGUUGGAACAAGGAGAUUCACCAUCUAUGUCAGAGAGAAAAGAUUCCAGUGAUACCUGUCCAGAGUUCCUUAAUCAGAUGACCAGGUGUGAAACAGCAGAGCCAACCAUAAAUCCAUGUGUCUCUCCAGAAGAGUCAUCUGAGGAGAGAGUUAAGUCAGAUGGUUCCUUGGAAGACAAAUUGGGAGAAACCUGGGAACAUGAUGUAAGAGUAGAGCAAAAGAAUUGCAAUCAGGACAGACAAGCCAGUGAAGAGACAGCUGUCCACAAAGAAAUUUCUACUGAGUCUGUGUUUGAAAGUUGUUUGAGUCUAGGUUCAGUCCUUGUUCCACAAGAGGGAGUUCACACUACAGAUAAUAUUCAGGAGUGUGAUACACAGUAUUCAGACCUAGGUGAACAUGAUAGAGUCUUUUGUGAGAAUGAUCUUUGUGAUUCUAAUAUAUGCAGCAAAUCAGUCAGUUCCCCUUCAGACCUUAUUCACUCUGAUAAAGAGCAUAAUGAAGAAGUACACAAAUGUAAUGAGUGUGAAAAAUCCUUCGCCAGUAGAAGAUCCCUUAGAAAUCAUCAGAGAAUUCAUACAGUUCAGAAACCCUUUGAAUGUAAUCAGUGUGGGAAAUGCUUUGUCCGUGAUGAGCAGCUUAGUUCUCAUAUGCAAUUUCAUACUGGAGAGAAACCCUUUGAAUGUCGUGAAUGUGGGAAAUGCUUCAGCCAGAAAGGACAGCUUAAAUCACAUAAAAGAGUUCAUACUGGUAAGAAGCGCUAUGAAUGUGGUCAGUGUGGAAUAGCAUUUAGCAAAAGUUCUUCCUUGACUGUACAUAAGAGAAUUCAUACUGGAUCAAAACCCUUUGAAUGCCCAGAGUGCCGAAAAUGCUUUAUCAGUAGUGAUCACCUUGCUAAACACAAGAAAACUCACACUAGAAAGGAAUGUUUCAAAUGUAAUGAAUGUGGUAAAACUUUCAACCAAAGUUCUCGCCUUACUGCACAUCAAAGAAUUCAUACUGGAGAGAAGCCCUUUAAAUGUCACCAAUGUGAGAAAUCUUUCAGUGAUAGUAGGCAGCUUAGUAAACAUAGAAAAAUUCAUACUGUUGAGAAACCCUCUGGAGGUAAUCAAGGUGAGAAAGCUACUAGCAGUAGUUCUAACCUUAAUGCACAUCAGAAAAUUCUUACUGGAGAGAAACGCUUUGAAUGUAAUGAAUGUGGGAAAGCUUUUACCAGUAGUUCUAACCUUAGUGCACAUCAGAAAAUUCAUACUGGAGAGAAACGCUUUGAAUGUGAUGAAUGUGGGAAAACCUUCAGCCGUAAUGGGCAUCUCACUUCACAUAAGAGAAUUCAUACUGGAGAAAAACCUUUUGUAUGUCUUGAAUGUGGGAAAUCUUUUAGCUCUAGUGGAUCUCUUUCUAAACAUAAGAAAGUGCAUACAAGAGAGAAACUCUUUGAAUGUCAUGACUGUGGGAAGUCCUUUAGCCGUAAUAGCCAGCUUAUGGCACAUAAGAGAAUUCAUACUGGAAGGAAACCCUUUGAAUGUGGUGACUGUGGCAAAGCCUUUAGUUGCUGUUUUUACCUUACUGUACAUCAGAAAAGUCAUAUGGGAGAGAGUCCCUUUGUCUGUGAUGAUUGUGGGAAAUCAUUUACCUGGAACAGUUCCCUCAUUCUACAUAAGAGAGUCCAUACUGGAGAGAAACCUUUUCAAUGUCGUGUAUGUGGGCAAUCCUUUACCUGGGAGGGGCAGCUUACUGAACAUAAGAGAAUUCAUAGUGGGGCAGAGAAACCUUUUGAAUGUGUUCGGUGUGGAAAAGCCUUCAGACUGAGGUCUCAACUUCUUAACCAUGGGAGAAUCCAUUUUGGAUAGAAACCUAUUGAAUGUGACAAAUAUGGAAAAUCUUUUACCUAGUAUAGGCAGGUUUCUAAACAUGAGUGUAUUACAACAAAGAAAUCUUUAAAUGUAUGUAUUCAUUGGAAAACUUAAUUCUAUGUUAUUCUAUAUGAGGAACUCAAUAUACCAAAUCCUUUUAAAUAUACUUAAUGUGACAUAUCCUUCUCUCAUAGUGGAAAAUAGCUCAAGAGAGCUCACACUGGAGAGAAAAAUUUCAAAUGUCAAUAUACUUAAUGUGACAUAUCCUUCUCUCAUAGUGGAAAAUAGCUCAAGAGAGAUCACACUGGAGAGAAAAAUUUCAAAUGUCAAUAUACUUAAUGUGACAUAUCCUUCUCUCAUAGUGGAAAAUAGCUCAAGAGAGAGCUCACACUGGAGAGAAACAUUUCAAAUGUCAUAAAGGCGACAUUUCCUUUCCUGGAAUAGACAUCUUACUAAACAUAAAGAGAAUUUCUUGAUACUGGGCUAAAGAAAUGCUUUGAAAGCAAUGAGUGAGAGAAAACCUUUAGCUGUAGUUCUUGUGAUAUGAUGCAUCAGAGCAUUCAUUCUGGAGAAAUACCUUUUGAACAAGGAAGGUAGAGAACCCUUUACCUCCUACAAAUAGCUUAUUCUGAGAAUUCAUGCUGGAUCAAAGAAUCAAUUUGAAUUUCACAAAUGUGUAAAUCCUUUACAUAAUCACAGAAUAUUGAAAGCUUAAAGGUACUUCAGUUGCUAUCUAGUCCAGCUCACCUAUUAGAGAAAACUUCCACCAGGACAUGCCUGACAACAUUAUUCUCUUACUUGAAGACUUCCAAGGAGUAGGAACCUGCCCCCCUCUUUAGGUAUUAUUUAUUCCCUUUCACUUUUUGUUAAUGGUUAGGAAGUUUUCUCCAAUUUUGAACUUAAAUUUGCCUAUGUUCCACCCAUUGUCCCUAUCUUUGCUUUUUUGGGGUGAAACAAUGAGUCUAAUCCCUUUUCCACUGGGCAGCUCAUCAAAUGCUUAAAGACAGUAAUUGGCUCCUUCCUUUCUAUUCUCCAUACUAAACAUUCUCUAACAGGCACAAGCCCUUCAACUGACUUGGACAGAAGGCCCUUCGCCAUCUUUGCCCUUCUUUGGACCUCUUUGACUCAUCAUUGUCCUUAAACCAUGAUGCUAAGGACUAAAUACAAUAUACUAUAUGAGGUCUCAUGAUGGCAAAGUAUAGUGCAGUGAUCAUUUUCCUAUUCCUCUUAUUGCAGUCCAAGAUUGUAUUAGCCUUUUUUUUUUUAGCUGCUAUAUCCUACUGCUGAUUCAUAUGGAACUUGUGGUUCCCCCAGAAUCCAAGAUCAUCUUCAGAACAACUGAUUUAACUGUUGUUGAAUGCAGCUGGAGAUGAGCUGAUCUGCUGGGGGGCAACUGAAAUCAGUGUUUUAAAAAACGUAGAGUAAAAGGAAACUGGCUAUACCUAUCGCUUUUUGUUCUGGUUUUCCCAGCUUCUGGCUAUUUUGUGAAAAUCCUUAACCCUGCCAGUUGCUGCCCCUCCCAAUCCUGUUUGGCCUUCUCUGUGGGCUUUCUGUUGUUGUGCAAAACCACUUAUGUGACAGCUUCCUGGGGCUCUGCCUUCCUAGUGACUCCCCGCGCUGAAGUCUAUUUCAACCUUGUCUCCCCUAUGCUUCGCGGGUACCCCAGUGCUGUUUUUGCCUGGGGGCAACUGAAACCAGUGUUUUAAAAACGUAGAGAAAAAAGGAAACUGGCUAUAUCUAUCACCUUUUAUUCUGGUUUCCCCAGCUUCUGGCUAUUUUGUGAAACCCCUUAACCCUUCCAGUUGCUGCCCUUCCCAAUCCUUUUUAGUCUUCUCUGUGGGCAUUCUGUUGUUAUAUAAAACCACUUACGUGACAGCUUCCUGAGGCUCUGCCUUCCUAGUGACUCCCUCCAUGAUGAAGUAUAUUUAAACUUUGUCUCUCCUGCACUUCGUGGGUACCCCAGUGCUGUGUGGUGACCCCAAUUGUAAUUCUCUUGCCUCCAUUAAAGACCCUUUGUUGUUGC